AUGAAAAUUAUUAUAUAGUUUGAUGAUUAAUAUUUCUUAUCUGAUUAAGAAGAUGAUACAUUUUUAUGGAUAAUAUUCACUUUGAAUUUCAUCUUGUUACUCUUUACAUAUAUAACAUAUCAUGUCAAAUUCAAUUAUUUUAAAGCUACUUAAUUGAUUCCACUGAACCUUAAUUUUCACAAAAGUGAUAUUUUUAACCCUUUUUUAUUAGAGUUUUUGAUAUAUUUACCAAUACCUAAUGUAUUCACAAAAAGUAUAUUAAAUCUUAAUUUAGAUAUACAAUAUGAAUUCACAUUAUAUAGAGUUGAUGGUGUAUUUUACUUCUAUUUGAAUGAAUUACUAUUUUUAUGGACAUGUUUAAGAAGUGUGAAUUUAUUAUUUAUCCUUUUGAGAAUGAGUCAUUUAUAUAAUAGUUAAGUACAUAGAUUGUCAUUAUAUUUUGGUUUCAAAGUUAAAUGGAGUUUCACAUUCAAAUUUUUAGUAGAUCAAGAACCAGUGUUAGUAAUUUCUACUAUUUUUACAAUAUAAGUUUGUUAUCUUACAUUGGCAUUAUGGAUAGUAGAACGUCCAUAUAUGAGAGAAGAGAAUUCAAAUACAAUGUAAUUAUUGAAACACUCAUUUUAUGAGACCAUCUUGGCAUUAAUAAGAUAUUCUUAUGAAGAAUAUGAACCAUAUACUGUUUAUGGUAAAAUUGUAUUAUCAUUCACAUAAUAUUCUGGUUUUGCCACAACAUCAUUGUUAAUUGCUGCAAUAGCAAAACGAUUCUAUAUGGUUUCUAAUCAAUUUAAUGCUUAUGUCUUACUUGCUAGAUUGUAAGUAUCUCAUGAUAUGCUUAUUAUAACUUAAGCAAUUGGUGAAUAAUUUUAUUAUUUAACAAAAUAUCCAAUCAAUCCAUUUUCAAAUAGAAGAGCUAAAUUAUGUUUAGAGAAUUUGAAAUAAUUCUUUAAAAAAAGAAGAAAUUAUUAAAAUACAGUUGCUGAAAUGACUGAUCAAUUAUUCAAUAGAAAGAUGAAGGAUUUAAAAUGGAUAAUGUAAGAGUAUCAAGAAAUCUGUUAACUAAUAAGAGAAUAAUAGAAAGAAAUUAUUUAAUGUUAUUCUGAUUAAUAAUAAUUAUUUUUAUUAUGA